AAUAUAUGCCAGUAUGAAAGGAUCCCUCGUGGCCCGCAGGGUGUCGUGAAGUGUCCUCUUUGCGAUACAUGGAAUGUUGUGGCAGAAACCACGCAAAUUCGGAUACCGAGAGGAGCUGCUGAACGGAAUUUCCUUGUCGAGUACCUUAUCAGCGGUGAUAAGUCGAAUAGAAUGCGGUUACUGAAUCGCUUAUCGUUGGAAGGACGCCACUACAUCUGUCCGCAACAUUUCCAUGUUAAUGCUCUUCGAUAUAUACCUGGUCUUGGUAUUUUUAAGAAAGCUUUCUUCCUACCCAUUCAUGAUCCAAACGAGCAAAUAAUUACUCGAGUACCGGAACCGCAGGAGGAUGACUAUGUUCCACUCUUAAUCGAUGGAUUUGAUAACGACAAGGUUCAAUGGACUCUCGAUUAUGACAAAGUGACCAGCGUGGUGGGAGAAACAGAUGAUGAGAUCCAUCAAGAACUUGAUGAUGAGCUGCAGGCGACUACUUCGUUUUCUGGGUUGGCUCAUGCGCCGGCUCAAAAUCAGGAAGAGAGGUGUAACCCAGACGUGGUUGGUGGAGAAAACUACUGCUACGAGCAAGUCAGUGGCGAUGCCGAAGAGCUUGACGCUGAUGCUCAAAUAGUCUCCGUAGACGAUGAGCCUCAUGUGCUAGUGGAAGAGAUGCCUGUUCCGGAAAGGGAAGAAGUAGUCGUUACUGGAAACCCAGGUUGA